AUGUCUAUUGAGAUCACCGCUGUCGCCCACGCCUUCACCACCAACACUAUACUGGCUCAAUCUCGCCUCACUUACGACAACGUUCAGGCCUUUGUUGACCGCUGCUGCGAAUGGCGCGACGACGCUGCGGCCGUGCAACAGGCUAAGCGCAACACUAGCGCCCCACCUCCCAUUCUCCCCCUGGUUCAUGCUCGCUGGCUUUCAGACACCCUUCGCAUUCGUCGGCCAGUCAUCCACGCUCUCUGGGACGUUCUCAAGUAUCAAAUAUGGCAUAUGUUAUGCGCCCGCGAGCGCCUCCACGGCAUGGUGUUUACUAUUGAGCACAGUCGCGGAUGGAAAAUUGGUCUAGCAUAUAUAAACCUCUACCCGCCGACGCGACUGUGCAAGAACAAUAACUGCUCCAAGGAUUCAGAGCUGCGUCAGCUUGUUCCCCGACGUGCGAUUGCCUUCACCUUCGAGCACGGAGUUCAGUUUGCGAAGUCGGUUGCUUUCACUUGUGAAAAGUGCGGUUGGGAGUACCAUCCCAACUACGUCGUCCGGCCUGUACUCGCUCUCAACGACGAAGGCAAGCUUGUCACUCAGAAAGAGCGAAGGUAUCACCUCGGCACCUCCCCGAAGCCUUGCACGACAAAACAGAAUGUUCUAAGAUAG